GCUAUUUUUAUUUUCAUUUCAUUCUCAUUCUGCAUGUACAGGUAAUAAGUUACCUGAAAGGUAUAAUAAUUUCCUUGUUUUACCAGAGUAUGUUAAAUUUUAUGUAUUGGUAUAUGUCAUUUAUAAGGGAAUCUAUAUGGUUGACUCUUUAAGACCCAUAAACCUGCUGAAUUAAAAUUUUGUGUAAUGGUUUUGCCCUGUUUGAAGGGGUUUGAAGAGUCCAUUCAUUACUUUGUGGGACUCCACUGAGGUUUUUUUACAUGAUGGAACAGGAAACAUUAUUUCGACAUAAAUGUUCCAUUUUAUGUAGGUCUAGACUAAUAAUUUGUGUGCUCAAUUUCAGAUCAAUUGCUCGCCUAAUUAUUCUGUGAAAAAUUACCAAAAAUUGAAAAGUUUUGCAAGUCUUUUUACUCAAAUCGGGCAAAGGGUAGCACAAAAAUACAAUUUUCAAUUUAUUUUAAAGCAGAGACCAAAUAUUUCUAUAUUAUCUGAAAAGACAUAUGAUGUGCACUAUUGCAUGUACAUGAGUGUAUACAUGUAUUGUGUUAAAAGAUUAUUUUUUUAUAAUGAAUGGUCAGAUUUUUAGUACCUGCCAUUUUCAGAAAUGUUAAUUUUUUUCAAAAAGAAGAAUUAAUUGUCUCAUCAAAACUUGUUUUAAAUUUCAGAGAAUGAGAUUAUCAAGCAGUCAAUUGACGUGAAAAAAGGCUUCGCUACCUUAUCGUUUAUCAUAGCUGCGGCAUUUGUAUUACCAGCUCUGACCCUCCUAGGUCGAGCCAUUCACAAGAUCAACAAUCAAAAGAUUAAAAUGUUCAGCCACCAUCUUGUCUACUUCACCUGGCUACUCGUCUCUUGUCUGUUGAUAUGUAUAUUGAACGUGUUGAAUUUGUUCGAUAAUUUUAUCAACAGCGACAACCAAUCAAAGUCCGGUAAAACGUGUUACUAUAUUUAUGUUUUGUACAGCACGCUGGUGUCAUUCGUUGGAAUUUGUUUGGUCAGUUUAGCUAUCGAUGUUACAUGGUUGACUGCUUCCACGACCCAGCACCUUGUUGAAAUUGCGAGGAAGAAAAUGAGAAUUCACAUCAUCUGUUUUAUUUUGUUGAUUGUGUGUUUCUUCAUCAACAAUGUGCCCCAUUUAAGUCAGCAUGUAAGUUUUAGAAGCCUUAAUAAAUGUUGGAAAGGAAAUGCAUACGAAGGACAUGCAAAUAUAGCUGCGGUGAUAGACUUAGUUCAGCAUGGUGUUAUUAUUUUUACGACGUCUGUAACACUACUGCUUGCCAUGUUUGUUAUUAGAUAUAAAACAAGACAAAAAGAGCUUAUGGUUAUACCUGAGUACAUGAGGGUAAUGGAUAAUGAUGCAGAUACAAAUAUAGGCGACAUUGAGCAAACAGAGGAAGGUUUACAGGCAUCCGUCUCUGUAGAAACACCAAGCUCUGAGCUGAUUGCCAAAUCAGAUGAACAAGCCAUGGGGUACAAAAGGUUCGAGCCACAGGCCAACGAGAAUGGGAAGCAACGGCUACUCUAUAGACAAAAUGGUUCUUUGAAGAGAAGUUCAAGGUGGAAAGCAGAGAAGGACAGUUCCAGUAAAGACUCAUCGUGUCAUGAGAACUCUGGCUACAUUUCUGAAGAGCAAGAUGGCCAUGAACAGAGAAGACUAAACUUGGGCUUUAAUUCCACAAGAAGAAGAAUCAAGAGUGAUUCAGAGAUUCAGGAACCAAGAUCACAAACUUAUGUUGCUGUAAGGAAGAGCAGGAAGCAGAAAUCACACAAGAUGAUGGAGGAUCAAGUAUUUGAAGCUCUUGAAAACUUCUUCAUGACUGACCCCAGCAAGUUACUGUUCAAAGCUUUAGCAUCACAGAAACAGUGUGAGCUUAGUGCCCAUCUUAUUGAUGAUAGUAAUGAAGACAAAGAAGUUGAAGAAGAAACAAGCUUCAAUGACAAAAAAUUGAAAAAACUAGAAAUAAGGAAAAAGAAUAUAAAAUUACCCCUAAGGAAAUCAAAGAGCUUAAAAGGCCCUUCUAGUCAUACUGACCGAAAGUCUAGGACCAAUUGGUCCAGUUUAAGCUAUAAAGGGAGGUCAAGCAUAAAUGGAGGACAGUCCAUUGAAUGUUUGGAUUUUUCACAAUGUCCAGAAACUUUUACUCUCAGAGAAAAAGGAAUGGAAAGCACAAAAGGCACUGAGAUUGAUGUAUCAAAGACUGCAGCUGUACAGAAGGAUUCCAUAGGGGUUGAGAAAAAGAAGAUAGAGGUUUUCAACAGUCCAAAGAUAAUUGUUGAAGACGUGGACAAAGAACCUACUGCUCUGGUCAGUGAACCAAAUAAGAUUGCAAGGGAAAACAGUGAUCCACAUCUGUCUGUGAAUGUAGAUGUACACUGUUCUGACUUUAAUGUUUCCAUCUCAAGUAUGGAUACAAUUGUUACAGACAUUGAAUGUCAUAUCAAAGAGCAUUCAAGAUCAAAGUCUGUGGAUAUGCCUAAAACGCAACAAGCUAGGGACAUUGCAGGUGGUAUUGAAGACAAUGCACGAUCAAAGUCCAUCGAUGUGCCUAAAACACCACUAAACGGUAUCAAUUGGGUUGAGUUUAUGCCUGAUGACAAUGUUAAAAUGGCUAAAUUGAAAGAUGAGGAGGUAAGAGAGAGCAACAGCUUGUUUGUUAACGUUGAGACACAGACUGAUAAAAAUGAUGCUGUGGGAACUGACAAACUGGAAACAGAUGCAGUGUUUAGUGACAUUGGGAAAAAUAAUCAGGCAGUGUUAAGUGAUAUUAAGAAAAAUGAUCAGGCAGGGGUUGAUAUGAGUGUCAAUUUGAAAUCCGACAGAGAUGGCAUGGAAACUGAAAUUGGUACAAAAAGUGAAAUCGCAGUGGAGGUUGCUAAUACUUCAGAAAUUGAGACAGAAAACUCAGUAGAGAAAAGGAAAGAAGAAAUGGUACAAUUUAAAGACUACUGCAAGAGGUAUUUGUUGCAACCAUACAAAAACAUUACAGGGUUUUUGGUGGUUUAUGCUGUUUGUUUAUUGCCACAGAUUUUGUUGGAUAUAUACAGGAUUGUGGCUGGAAAUCAGGAGACUGUUCUGGAUCGGACGGACGGAAUCAUUGCAAUAUGCUCCGACGCUGCACAACCUGUGUUCUUACUGGCAAUUACUGUACUCUUCCUGUGGCAGUGUCGAGAGAGACGGAACAUAAAAGAAGAAGGAAUUUCACAACAAUAAAAAAACAUUUUGCGUACUGCAGUGACCUUUAUACGCGCCUUAUUAGAAACAGUUGAUACAGGAAAUGAAUUUACACAAAUAACAUCAACAUAAACAAGCAAAUAAUAAUAAAGUGAUGUAAAUGUUUGAGAAGAAAAAAUAAAAAUUUCUCAAGAGCCUAGUGCAAACGCGGGUUACCAGAAACCAAAGCAUGAAAAAGCUAUAACCCAAAUUUAUAGAAACAUUACCAAUAAGCAUCAAUAGUGAUAUUAUCAGAUACCAGAAAAAUGGUCCUAUAAUGGCAGAAAAAGUACAAUAACAUUACAUUGUGUUUUCACAAGUUCAACAAUGAAUUACCAUAACAAAUAAUUAAAUACAUUUAUAAUAAUGAUACAUCACACAUGCUACAGCAAUAACAAAAUACCAUAAACACCUAUGCUUCAAAUAUAA